GGGCCACACAGGGGGAGUCCCCCUGGAUGGCAGUAUUUCUGCAGAGGGCAGAGGAGGAUAAAGAGAAGUCACUGAAACAACAGGAAGAGAUGUGAUUGAUGUACACAUUUCCCCUUGCUUACACUGAAGUCUCUCCCCAUCUCCCCCUCUCUCCCCAAAUUCCCCCUCCCUCUCUCUCCGCUCCCUGCUCUCUCUAUUCCCUCUGGCAAUAUAUAGUUAUGAUAAACAGGGCCUUUUGAAGUGGCUGUGGAGUCUCCUGUAUGCAGUGUCUGCAGGUGUGCUUCAAAGAGGCCUUAUUGGCAAGGGAGAGGCUGGAGGCCGAGCAGAGGCAGGGGGAGCGGGUAGAGCAGCAGGCCCAGUUUGCGGAGCGCUGUGUGGGGCUGCGGGAGGAGAUCGAGAGGGAGAUGAGGCUGGCGGUAGAGGAGACCUGCGGAAGGAUGAGGGCUGAGAUGCAGAGAGAGGUGGAAGAGGAGAGACAGAGAGAAGUAGAGGCCAUGGAGGCAAAAGUACAGGAGAAUGUGAAGAGGCUUGUUCGGGAAACAGAGGUGUGUGUGCGACAGCAGUGUGAAAGAGAGGCACAGAAGGACCUACAGAUUCUCCAGGACAGACAUACUGUGGAACUCGCUCUAAUGCAAAGCCGGUACAAGCAGCUGGAGCAGGGUCUGGCCAGAGUCACAGGGGAGAGGAUGAGAUAUGAGACAGAGUUUAAGAGGUUACAGUGUAGUUACAGACAGUUUGUGGAUCUGACCGAGUCCUCCCUCCACUCUGACUACCUGCUGAAGCUGCGUCGCCUGGGCAGAGAACCUGGCUAUACAGACGUGGCGGUCCAGACGGAUGACGUCAUCAACACACAACACAUUACCUGAUGAUGCACAGACAUCUACUUGCUACCUACAGCUACAACAUUGCUGUUGCCUGUGUGCACAGAUCUAGGAUCCGAUUAUUCUUCCCCAUCCUGAUCUUUACUAUUAUGUGGAAGAAUUCAACACUGACAUUAGAUCAAUGUUUAGGAGCAACUUCAUCCAACUCCUUACCAGUUGAACUCACAGUUGCCUCUCUGGUCUGUCAUCAGGACUGUGUCCAUAUAGUGUAUGAAGGUCACAUGUAUUCGGCAAUAAACUGAUAGCAUUUUAA